AUGAUUGGUACCAAGUUGGUGUCUGAGGGUAUUGAUAUCAAAUCUGUCAAGCUUGUCUUACUGGUUGAUUAUUUGCCCACUGUGGGUGAGUAUAUCCAAACGGCAGGCAGGCUACGUGAAGGAGGUGUUUGUAUGUCAUUCUGGACCAAGAGGUGUGUUGGUAAGUUCUCCAUCAAGCCAGAUGUUUGCAUUGCCAAGCAGACGGCCAGGUUCUAUGGUCUCAGCCAUCUUGGUCAUGACCUAUGUUGCUCCCAUCUCCAUGGAAUUCCAGACGAUGUGUCUCAUUUGUACCGGUAUUUGAAGGGUGAAGUUGGCCCACGAGUGGAGGAAGUGGGGUCCAGCUUAGGUGAUGGUAUCGGUGAUUCCAAUGCUAAUUCUGAAGAUAAUUCUCUUUCUUUUGGUAACGAGUCCUCUGUUUUUGAAGUAUUAUGA